GGUAAACUUUACAAGCUCCUAGACUAAUUAUAGUGUGUGUGUGUGUGUGUGUGUGUGUGUGUGUGUGUGUGUGUGUGUGUGUGUCCUUCAGGCCUGCCCUUGCUACUCCUGGUAUUCUUAUGCGUUUCCCUGGAGUGCACACACACACACACACACACACACAGAGAUAUGUAUACAGCUCGUUCUCUUCGUAAACACUCACUGCUCCUCAUGUGUGCAGCAGUGGAAACUUCAGACAGCUCGAUGUAAACUCACAUCCCCUCACCCACACCCACACACACACACACACACACACUGAUGUCAUCCUGUAGGCAGCGGCAGAAUGAAUCGCCCUCGGCGUUGCGCGCGCACACACUCACCUGACGCGCGCUCCCGCUCUCCUGCGCGGAUCGAGCGAGUGGUUUCCACGAGAGACUGAAAUGAGCCUCUUCGUGGAGAAACUGCCGAGCGCGUGAUCUGAUGUGUGUUCAUGAUGCACGCGACGCUGUUCCUGUCUCUCGUUUGUGUUCGCGCGGCCGCGGGUUCGAGCACACUCAGCUCAUCUGGACCGCUGCUUCUGUCUGAUGGAUUGUGUCAUUAUGGAUGGAUGAGAACUUUAAAGGGUCAAUGCAGACCCGUGUGUGAGUCGGGCUGUAAACACGGUGAGUGUUUUGGACCGGAUCAGUGCCGCUGUCAUCCAGGAUAUACGGGCAAGACCUGCAACCAAGAUGUGAACGAGUGUGCGUUCAGGCCGUGUAAGUACAGGUGUAUGAACACACCGGGCAGCUACAAAUGCUACUGUCUCAACGGUUACAUGAUGAUGGCUGACGGCUCGUGUCGCAAUGCUCGUACGUGUGCGAUGGCUAACUGUCAGUACGGCUGUGCGGUGAUGAAAGGCAAGGUCAGAUGUCAGUGUCCGUCUCCAGGACUGCGUCUCGCUCCUGACGGCAGGACGUGUGUCGAUGUGGAUGAGUGUGUGACGGGUCAGGCCUCGUGUCCCAGGUUUCGUAAGUGUGUGAACACAUUCGGUAGUUACGUCUGCAGGUGCCAUGAAGGCUUUGAGCUGCGGCACAUCAACGGAAAAUACCACUGCACAGAUAAAAAGUUUUUAUCUAUUUGCUAUGACAAGCCCGGACACAAGAGAUGCAAGUGCACAGCGAGUGUGAAUGGAAAGGGUUACGACUGCAGAUCUGUUGUUAAAGUCACCAUUGAGCCUGCAAGACCAAUCACAGUCAGCCCCACAACCAUCUCCACGGCAACAACUCCCAUGACAACUACAACGACAACAACUACAGCCACUUCCAGCACUACUGUUACCAUAGCAACCCCUGUUCCGACAAGUGCUGCCUUGACGACAGUAACACCAACGACUGUUGCUAUAACAACAACAGCGUCAACUACAACAGCCUUCACAACUGUUGCUACGACAACAAGUCCAACUACAACGUCCACAUCAACGGCAUCGACAACUACAGACAGGUUUCCAACGACAACCAGCGUCAUAACAACUACAACAACAACAACAACAACAACAACACUAGACAACCGCAUUCACAGGGAGAACACAGUGAAGCCACGAGGAGAUGUACACAUUCCUCAUUACGAGAACAAUCUGUUCGACUGGGACUUUGACGUUGAGCUGGGAAACACGACGGAGUUCGUACGCGAUGAUCCAGCCGCCGCUGUUGUCAGCUGCUCAUUUGAUGAGGGUCUCUGUGUUUGGAUGACGGACUCAGAAGGAGAUCUGAAAUGGGAAAUCAAAGAGGAAUCCGGCCGGUAA